AUGCGUUUCUCCCUCCUCUCCUCCGCCCUCCUCUUCGCCACAGCCGCCUUCUCCGCCCCCGUCGCUGAGCCUGCAGAGCUCGAGAUCCGCCAGCAGGCCACCUACUGUGGCAACCAAUACUAUUCCGCCUCGCAAGUCUCCGCGGCCGUCAACAAGGGCUACAACUACUACGCCAACGGCCAACAAGUCGGGUCGGGCAACUACCCACACCAGUACAACAAUCGUGAGGGGUUCAGCUUUGCCGUCAGCGGACCGUACCAGGAGUUCCCGAUCUUGGCCAGUGGGUCGACGUACUCUGGUGGUUCUCCUGGACCGGACCGUGUUGUGUUCAACACGAGGGGACAGUGGGGUGGUACCAUCACUCACACUGGCGCGAGCAACAACAACUUUGUUGGGUGUUCGGGCACAAGCUAG